AUGGCCCAUGACCAGCUUGAGGUGUUGACGGCUUUCCUGUAUGGCGUCAUGAAGGAACAAGUGAUCUGUGUGAUUCCUGAAGGCGUCAACCUUGAUAGUACGUUCGACUGCCUGGUAUUAGUGAAGUCAAUUUACGGCCUCAAGCAAGCGUCGCGAGUGUGGAACGAGACGUUCGACAAGUUUGUGUGCUCUAUUGGAUUUCAAGCGUCGUACUUCGACCCAUGUCUCUACAUCAAGACUUCGGACGGCCAUUGUGUGCUUGUACUGGUCGACGUGGAAGACGUCUUGGUGACUGGAAGCUCGCUUGAGCUAAUUGCACGAACCAAGAACGACUUGAAGACACGUUUUGAGAUGACAGACAGCGGCAAGUAUUCAUUUGUUCUAGGGAUCGAGCUUUUGGACGGUGAAGAUGGCUGUGUGACUCUGUGUCAGCGCCGUUAUGUCGAUGAUAUCCUCAAGCGCUUUGUAAUGGAGGAGUGCAAGGCUGUGGCGAGUCCUGUGGAUGUCAGCUCUCGAGUGAUGUCAAGCAGCACUGCGAGCAAGAUCGAUGUUCCAUGCCGUGAAGCUGUUGGUGCUUUGAUGCAUCUGACGACUGCAAAACGACCGGACAUUGCCUGUGCUGUGAGCUUUGUGUCGCGCUUCAUGGAGAAUCCCCAAGAAGAACACGGUUGCGGCCAAGAGCAUCUUUCGCUACCUACAAGACACCAAGAUGCAUGGAAUGUGCUCCAAGCCAAGUGCAAGGAUCGCCUUUCGUGGCUAUUCGGACGCAGACUGGGCCGGCGACCUUACUGA